GCCGAUUCCGGACACUUCACAGUGGGUUCUGAGUUGGACCAGUUGCACACGGCGGUGUUCAGGAAUGGAUGUUCGUGGAUUGGUGGUGAUGUUGGCGCUUUGCGCGGGGUCGAUUCUGGCCGAGUCCGAGCCGGCGGAGCAGUCCUCGGUGGAGCGGAUGGAGUUCAUGCAGGAGAUCAAGGACGAGUGUCGGAACAACACCGGGGACGAUCGCGCCUUUCAGGAUCUGCUGGUGGUGCUGAACCAGGACACCCCGAAGUGCUUUAUGCAGCACGUGAAUCUGAGCUACCUGCAGGCUCCCAUCACGAACCUCAACAAGCAGGAGCAGACCACGCUGAUGACACAGAUCUGCGGUCAGGUCGAGAAGUCGCUGACCUGCAUCAACCCCGUCGUGGACAAGGUCAAGCGCUGCAUGACCGACGACGACGACCUGAAGAUCCUCCGGAAGCUGGCGGAUACCGUGCCGGAGGCGCUCAAGAUGAUCUGCAACGACAGCGGAGCGAUGCUACUGAAACUGCGAGAACCGUUGGCCAGAUCGUGCGCGAUCGAGCUGGCACCCACGAUCGACGUCUGCAUGGACGGGAUGUCCAAUUCGACGAUGGAGAUGACCCUCAGUCGGUACACGAUCACGGAGUGCAAUGAAGUUUAUAAAAUGAGGGACUGCAUUAUCAACCGGAUCCGGGAUUGUGGUGCGAAUACCUAUCUGGAACUGUUCAAUCUGUUCUACAGGAGCUUGCUGAGUCUGACGCCGUGUAAAUAAAUUAUAGUUUUUCUGUUACAAAAAUCUCGAAUAAAUUGCAAUCUUUGGUAACUAUUUUCAAAAUAA